AUGACAAUAAAAUUAAUAAUUAAUCCAGAGACUUCAUUUGGAACUUUACUUAUUUUAGUAUCUAAUUAUAUUAUUAAUCAGAAAAUAUCAAUUGGAACUGAAUAUAGUAAUCAGAUAGCUUCAACUCUGAUACUUGAAUCUGAAGGUAUAAAGUUGAUAAAUUCAGUUGAUAUAUUGAAACAUCUUGGAUCAAUUUAUCCAAAGAUUUUCAAACAAGAUAUGGAACCAGUAAUGACAAAAUUUUUAGAAUUAUUAUCAAGAGAUUCAUUUAAUACUGAAUCUGAUGAUAUACUGCAACAUUUGGAAGACCAAAUAAGUGGUAAAAGUUUUUUCUUUGGUAGAUUCUUAUCAUUACUAGAUCUAGUAGUUUAUUCAUCUAUUCAUAGUUACUUUAAAUCUAUGAAUAAUAUGGAUUCUACAUAUACUCCAAAAUAUCCUUCAUUAUCAAAAUUUUUUGAAUUUGUUCAAAUAAUGACCCCAAUUAGACAAGCAUGUCCAGAGAAUUUGGAAUAUUUAGAUCUUCCAUUUUUUACAAAGAAGUUAUCUAAUAAAACAAAGAAAUUAGAUAAUACAUCAGAUGAACGCUCACUAGAUGAUCCUAGUAGGAUUGAACUACGUGUUGGUAAAAUUUUGUCAGUUGAAAGACAUCCAUCAGCUGAUAAGUUAUAUGUUGAAAAGAUCGACAUAGGUGAAGAGGAGCCCCGAACUAUUUUAAGUGGUUUAGUUGGUAUUUAUGAUCUAACUUUAAAAAUAAAUGAAUUAGUGAUAGUAGUAGCUAAUUUGAAACCUAAAACAAUGAGAGGUAUAAUAUCUCAUGGUAUGUUAUUAUGCGCAAGCUUAGAUGGAGAUACAAAAUUAUGUGAACCUAUUAUAGUUCCAAAUGGUGCCAAAGUUGGUGAAUUAAUUACAUAUGAAGGAUUUUCUGGUAGUCCAGAUCCUGUAUUAAGUAGUAAAGCAGGGAAAGAUGCAUUUUCUACUGUACAGGCACAUUACAAUAUAUCAAAUAAUUCAAUAUGUAGAUAUAAAGAUAUUAUAAUGAUGAGCUCAGCAGGGCCAUUAUAUGUCAAUAGAAUUUUCGCAGGUGCAAAGUUAUGUUAA